ACCCAGUGAAUGGGGUCGCGAUCCGCUUCUGCUCAGUCUCGAAGUAUAGCCUUUGCGGUGUCUGCGGGGCCAUGGAGCGGCCUGGGUUCAUGGCUUCGCUGGUGGUUGCCUGUCUGAUUCGUGUUCCUUCGGAAGUGGUUAAGCAGAGGGCACAGGUGUCUUCCUCUUCAAGAACAUUUCAGAUUUUCUCUAACGUCUUAUAUCAAGAGGGCAUCCGAGGAUUGUAUCGAGGCUACACAAGCACAGUUUUAAGAGAGAUUCCUUUCUCAUUGGUCCAGUUUCCCUUGUGGGAGUCCUUAAAAGCCCUCUGGUCCUGGAGGCAGGAUCACGUGGUGGAUUGUUGGCAGUCAGCAGUCUGUGGAGCUUUUGCAGGUGGAUUUGCAGCUGUGGUCACCACGCCUCUGGAUGUGGCAAAAACAAGGAUCAUGUUGGCAAAGGUUGGUUCCAGCACCGCUAGUGGGAAUGUACUCUCUGCCCUGCACGGGGUCUGGCGGACACAGGGGCUGGCGGGAUUAUUUGCAGGUGUCUUCCCUCGAACGGCAGCCAUCAGUCUGGGAGGCUUCAUCUUUCUUGGUGCUUAUGACCAAACCCGCAGCUUGUUAUUGGAACUUGGCAGAGGGAGCCCCUGAAUCCAGGACGGCCCCACAUGCACUUCUGUCCAGAAAGGGGGCUGCUGUGCGCACGGGCUCCCUUCUGGCGAGCAGCUGCUCACCCAUCUGAACCGCCCGCACCGCGCCCCUGUGUGUGAGGAUAGGACCUUGAGGAUGUCUUGCCUGCUCCAGGCUGGCUGGAACGUCGACUGCCGCCUGUCUGCCACAUCGCCAAGAGGACCGUGUCCACAGUGGUACUUGCGACC